UCUAACAGAAAACGAACAAAAAACAACAACUGUACUUACAUGCACAGUUCUUCUAUGUUUUUAUGUGUGCAUAUCGCAUAUUACUGAAUGGUUAGUCAUGUCUUCGAGCCUUACUAAGGACUCCAGUUUUUUGGGAGGAAGGAUACCAGCAGAAGUCGAAUCAUUGUCGAAAAACCUGAAGGAUGUGGACCAAGAGAUGUUCAGGAAAAUACUGAAAGCUGUGGUCAGUGCUCUGGAGGGGAAGGACUGCAGAGAGGUGAUGAAGGCCAUAGCAGAGAGCAGUGUGGUCCCUCAGGAGAGGCUCAGUCACAUCGUAGCUGGGAUGUACAGAGUUCUGUCUGAGGCCAUCCGCAUCCCUGUGUCAUCACUUAAACAGGAGGCCUUCAAAGAAGAUCUUAGAGAAGUGAGGAUACCAGAAGACUUUAUCACAGAUUUCUCCAGUGUUGUUUUUGGAAAUCGUCGUGCAGUUCUAGAUGCAGCAACAUCCCAGAAUGACCCCCACCUGCCUACAUUAGACCAGCUUAAAUGGAGGGUCGAUGUUGCCAUUUCUACAAGCUCUUUAGCGAGGGCCCUGCAGCCUUCUGUUCUGAUGCAGAUGAAACUCUCAGAUGGAAGUUUUCAUCGGUUUGAGGUGCCUGUGACCAAAUUCCAGGAGCUACGUUACAACGUGGCUAUGAUCCUCAAAGAGAUGAACGCUCUGGAGAAGAGGAGCAUUCUCAAGAUCCAAGAUUAAAACACCAUGCAGGGCUGUUGAUGAAUUAAAGGGGGCCUAUUAUGCUUUUCUUUAUUGUCAGUCCUAUAUAUGUUAAAUAAGACAUCGGAUGUUCUUGUUAAAGGUGGCCAUAGUGUUAAAUAAUGAGGUAAACAUAUGUAGAAGUAAUCCCUGUGAGCAGAAAGCACCAGCUUCAGACUGACCUGAAAGCAUUUUUUUCUACUUCCAGCCCAAGCUGACAUCAGCUUUUGACAGAUUUCUUUAUAUGGUCAUCUGUUCCACGCACAAGUUCACUGCUCCGCUCCGCUAACAUUAUAGCAUAUUUCCACCGUUUUAGGGGUUGUCAUGCCUCUGCAGGAGGUUUCAUUAAACAGCAGGUCAAAGUGAAAUAAGUAGUGUACCUGUUGGAGGUGUGCUAGUCAUCUACAGCUCUUCACCAAUCAUCACUGUGACUGUUUCUGCUCCAAAUAUCUCCAUAUUGUUUCAGUCCGUUUUUAGCGUGACUAACAAAGCUCUGCUAAUUCAGUGAGGAACAUGUUUCUCCUGUAAAUUCUUCACAAUAAAAGUCUCUUGCUAUUUAGUAAUCUAAAAGCUGUUAGUAAGCAGUGAAGCAGGAAAUGUUGGGUGUGCAUCUAACUUAACAUGACUCUGAUGCAUGCUUUUGUUCUGUAGCUUCUGGAAAGCAGGCCAAUCAGAACAGAGUUGGCUCAUUGGGAGGGGGACUUAAA